UCAGGAGCAUCUGUGUUCACGCCUACAGUACAUUUUGUUCCAGCCCAUGACAAUAGGUGCCAUUCUGCCAGCUGUGGAAACAUAAACUUUGAGAAGUCGGCCCAGUUUAUUUGCAAGUCAAAGCAGGGAAGCAGAUAUGAAAGGAUAAUGUUACUACUGGAUGUAAAUCAUCGCCGGAUGCUUGCUGUGAAGCUUCUGUUUUAUGGGAUAUUCCUCAGCAACCACAUAAGUGAGGGUGGCCAAAAUGGAGACUGCACACCCAAGAAUACCCUCUUUAUCAGUCCUGAAGCACUAAAUGCACAGUAUUUUCCAUCACAAACUAUCUACCAAAAGGACAAUGGAACUAAACUCUGUUUCAACAUCCAGCCAAACAAUAACCCUGCAGGUUGUUGUAGUGAAAACAAUUUCAACUGUAGCAUUAAAGUAAAAAUUGAAGGACCAGGCAAAUACAUCCUAAAUGCAACUGAAGAGAUUUUAUCUAAGCAAGAUAUUGUGGUGAUGGAGAAUCCACAGUAUAAUUCUUCAUGCAUGCCAUCACAGCUCUACAACAGCAGCCCUGGUUUUCUUUAUCAGGUCUACCGCUGCUUGAAUGAAAGUACCAAAAGCGUUAGAGUGAAUGCUGACAAUUGUUCAGAUAAUUCAGCCAAUACUGGAGUGGCUUGCAAAGAUGUAACAGAAACACACUACGUUAUCUUCAAGAAUAAAACAUGUGUGUUAUGUAAGAAACCAGUCUUGAAAAGUCUAGACAAAGAGAUUAAUUAUACCCUGACGAAAAUUCCUACCAGCCCAGACAAAGCAAAAGAUGUCAUGAAUGUUCUACCAUGCUUGUUUAAAGACCUGGGUAAUGCCAGCACAGCAGCAGUGAAAAUGGGCAACAUUACAGGACUGAUUGCCAAACUGCCCCAGGAAAACCAAACAAACAUGAACUUUGCCUUCACAGAAAACUCUGGAGUAAAUUCUGUUGAAGAAGAAAACAGCCAUUCUUUGACGGGCCCAUAUCGUUUAAUGAAAAUUCCUAAAGAGGCCAGCAAAAUGGCGGUGGAAAGAAAUGGAUCAUUUCUUGGGAUUCUGCUUUUUCCAGAAAUGCAUGCGGACAACAACAGUAAAUACUAUUUAAACAGUGAGAUAUUUGGAAUAGAAAUGGGGGCAAAAAUACAAAACCUUUCACAACCCAUCGAGAUUCAGUACAGUAAUGUGGACAAGAAAGGAGCGAAUGCUUCUUGCAUGUCUUGGGAUGGAAACCGCACAGAUGCAAACGGGAAAUCACUCUGGAUCACAGAUGGCUGUCAAACAGUGGAGACCAAUAACAGCAUCACCUGCCAGUGCACACAUCUAACCUUUUUUGCCAUACUCAUGUCACCUCCACCUGCAAACAUCAGCGCUUCUGAUGUUAAUUCUCUGACCUACAUCACUUCAAUCGGUUGUGGACUGUCGCUGUUUUUCUUGAUCGUCGGUCUCUUCAUGCACGUUCUCGUCAGAAAAGGGAAAGCAAGCGAAGCAACAAAGAUUCUGAUGAACCUCUUUGUCGCCAUGUUGAUCCUGAACUUGUCCUUCUUGACCAAUGAGAGCAUUUCAAAUCUGGGUAUCAAAGGUGCAUGUGUGGCAAUAGCAGCGGCUCUGCAUUACGGCAUGUUGGCCACUUUUACCUGGUUCUUCAUGCAGGCUUUACACUUGUACCUCAGUCUACGUCGAAUCUGCACUGAGGUGAAACAUUACAUGCUGAAGAUUUACGUCACAGGAUGGGUCAUACCGGCUGUGGUGGUGAUCGCUCUUCUUGCCUCCCAGAAAUAUAAUUCUAUUAAUAUUAAUACAAAUGAAGGGAAAACAGCAACAAUGUGCUGGAUCUCUGAUGCUGGUAUCCACCAGUGGGUGAACAUCGGCUAUUAUGCUCUGGUGUUCGUCUUCACUCUGAGUGUAUUCAUUGUAACUGUAAGGCAAAUCGUUCUAAUGCCAAAAGCAGGAAAAGCCCAAGACAAUAGUUCCAUUAAGAGCAACACUUCCACCAUUCUGGGCCUGUUCCUCCUUCUUGGCAUCACCUGGGCUUUUGCUUUUUUCAGCUACGGACCUUUGCUCCUCGCCUCCUACUACAUCUUUACCAUCCUCAACUCCUUUCAAGGUUUCUUCCUGUUCAUCUACUAUUAUAAAUCCAGCAAGAUUAUUGGAGACGGCAAAAUCCACACACAAAGUAGCAGCACAGCUACAUCAAAAACAGCUGUAACGUCUCCUUAUGGAUAAGGCUUGCUGUUUUAUCAUAUUUGAGACAAGAGGGCAGCAUUUUAUUUCAUAUAGUUCCAGUAGGUUACUCUGUGUAGAAACAACUUGGUCAUUUUUUCCAUGUGCUCUCCGCUGAAUGGCUUGUCUAAGAUGAAAUCACUAACCCGGUUUACCUUCUUUGACACACAUACUCAUGUCGAGUAGAGAUCGAGUGGUUGCCCGGAUGUAAUUUGAGACCACAGCGCUAUGUUUGUUCCUAUGCUUUUAUAUUUUAACAGAAAACUUGUCUUACUCACUCCAAAUCAUUCAUAGAAGGCUGUGAUUCAGUCAGAGUACACAACCACAAUCGUAAAAAUGUCAGGAUGUUAAAGUGUAAAAUGUUAAAGUGGGAAAGUGAAACGUGUCAAAGACAUAAUGACAUUUUCAAUUUGAUGGCAGUAACACCUCUCAAAAAGUUGGGACAGCGACAUGUUUACCACUGUGUAGCAUCCCAUCUUCCUAUAAACAAAAAUUUUUAGUUAUCAUUUCAUGGUGUGUCAAAUGUUCUUAGGAUGGAGUAUGCAGUUUAGCACUCUCUUGCUGAAAUAUCCAAGCAACUCCUUGAACAAGACUUUGUUUGCAUGGGAGAAUAUGUCCAUCUAAAACCUGUAUAUACCUCUUUUCCUUUUACAUUCCUCCAGAUGUAAAAGCUGCCAAUUCCAUAAGCAAUAAUUCCAAUUGUCAGGAAUUUAACUGAGUAUUGAUAACAAGCUGGAUGGCCCCUCUCCUCUCAGUGUGGAAAACACAGCAUCCAUAUGAUGUGUAUGUCAAAUACGGGCAAGAUACUAACCCCAAGUUGCUUGUAGGAAUGUGUAUAUUAGUUAGAAAGCAGUUAAAAGCAUAGAAAACAGUGGUUGCGUGAUUGGGUGAUUGUGGUAUAUUGUACAAAGCACUUUGAGUGCUCCAAGAGAGUAGAAAAGCCCUAUAUAAGAAUCAGUCCAUUUACAAUGAUUUUUAGAGCAAGUGCAGUGAUUUCCAUGACAGAAUCAUGUCUAUUUAAAUGCAGUGCUCCCUGAGCACCCAAAGACUACAACGACACAUUUUUGCAUUGGUAUCUUCAGAUUCUCCAAGUCUUUUAAUGAUAUUAGCACAUAUUAAAUAUUUGAAUCUGUAAAGCAUGAACCAUGAAAUAAUUGCAAGAACAUCUUUUGAAAAUAGAGUUAUCACUAAACCUGGCAAAUGAAUUUUACAUAUAUUUUAAUUUGCAUUUAUGAGUUUUCAUUUGUGCCA